GCAAAGUUUGCAUUUCAAUAACAUUAUUCAAAAAUGACAAGAUGGCUGUGGCAAUACCGCUUUCUGUUUAGUAGAUUGGAUUUUUAAAUACGUGGUGGUGUCAAUUUUAUUAAUAUAAAUAUAUAUGUUGAGUAAUAAAUGAGUGGAUUGCAUGAUCUUUGUUGAUAAUUAAUUCAUCGUAAUCAAUGCAAUAAUAAAACGAGUGAAUAAAGAGCAAAAUAUGGCAAGACAAUCGUACAGUAUUGUUGAGUAUUAUGGUGAACAGGAUGGAUAUAAAUGUGGUUAUUGUAAAAGCCCAAACACAAAUUUCAGUCAUGUACAUUAUAGGUAUGGGCACACAUAGAUUGACUGUUCAAGAUUACCAAGCUCUAGUAGAUAGAGGUUGGAGAAGGUGUGGUUCUUAUUGUUACAAAUCUACUAUGGAUCAAACAUGUUGCCCAAUGUAUACAAUUAAAUGUGAAGCAUUACAAUUUAAAAUUUCUAAAUCACAAAAAAAGGUUUUGAAAAGAAUGGCAAAAUUUUUAAGAAAUGAAUUACAUAAAGAUGAUACUAUGGAUACGUACGAUGGAGAUUUUCGUAAUAACAUUGAUAUUGAAGAAAUUCCUAAUCACAGUAAGCACUUUUUAAAAGUUGACAAAGAUAUUUCUGAUAUGAAUGUGAAAUUUAUUAAUGAUGAAGUUAAUGCAAGGUUACAUCCUAGCACAUCAGAUAAAGAACAGAAAAAGCGUGAUCUAAAGAAUAAAAAACAUAAUUCUGAAUGUGUACCUGCUGCAUCAAGUUAUAACAAUGAUUCUCAUAGUACACCUCAAAGUCUACAAUCUGUAGAAAUGAAUCCUAUUCGGAUACCUUGUAUGAAAGCAAAGCUUUUACGUAAACAACGAAAACAAAACAAAUUAAUGACACAAGGAAAAACUCAGGAAGAAAUAGAAGCUAUUUUCAAAGAAAAUAAACAAGAAAACCAGGCUAAAAGUUUAGAGCAAAUAUUUGAUGAAGUUUAUAAUGGAACCAACAGAUUAGAGCUGAAACUAGUUAGAACUUCACCAAUGAGCUCUGGAUAUUUAAAUACCUCGAAACAAUCUUAUGAGGUAUAUAAAAAAUAUCAAACAACAAUACAUGGAGUUCUAGCAGAAAAGGUUACAGAGAUGCAAUAUAUGGGAUUUCUUGUGAACUCACCUUUACAGAUGAAGUUGGUGAGAACAAUGUCGGACGAGUUUAUUAAAACGCUUAAAAUAAGUGCAAACCUGUUUAAAAAAUAUCAAAUGACUAUUCAUGGUGAAACAGAAAAGGAGUCAGAUGAUAAAUCAUUCUUCAACUUUCUUGUAAAAAGCUCUUUACAGCCAUGGACACCAGAUGAUGGACCACCAAGUGGAUAUGGUUCUUUUCAUGAACAAUAUUGGUUAGAUAAUGAAUUAAUUGCAGUUGGUGUGAUAGAUAUUUUACCAUCUUGUGUUUCAAGUGUUUACUUUUUUUAUGAUCCAGCUUAUUCUCAUCUCUCACUUGGUACAUUUAGUUCACUUCGAGAAGUUUAUUUAACAAGACAAUUAAAUAAAGUUGCAAAAGAUCUGAAAUAUUACUAUAUGGGAUUCUACAUACAUUCAUGUCCUAAAAUGCGGUACAAGGCACGAAUGAGACCAUCAAAACUAUUAUGUCCUGAAACUUAUGCGUGGUUUGAUAUUGAACCGUGUUUAUUAAAAUUAGAUAAACAAAAAUAUAGCAGACUGAAUGAUGAUAUUGAUGCUAUUAACGAGGAUAAUAUAGUUGAUAUUCGUAAGGUACUAAUUUUGUAUCAGCAAAUUGCGAUGCCGUAUGAAAUCUAUAAAAAGCAAGCUCAAACCAUCACGCAAGAUGAAGAAGAUGAGAUUAAAGAAUAUACUAGUUUAGUUGGCAUGAAGUGUGCACAGAGAUUGUUGCUUUAUCGCUGUUAAAGUAUGCAAAAAGUUUUAACUUAUUUAUGAAAACAAUUGUGUAUUUUAUCAAAAGACGAAUUGGAAUCUUAUUAUGGAUAAUUAUUAGUAAGUGAAAUUAAUAAAAUUAAUAGCUUCAAAUAAAGUAUUUGUGAUGAUAAGUGUGUAGUAAAUUAAUAAAUUCUUAUCAAAUAAAAGUGAUUCUUUUCAUGCUA